AUGGACGAUGAACUUGUCCUCAACAUCGCAGAGGAUGCAUCUGUAGGACCAACAAAACUAGCAUCAAAAAAAUCUGGUCGUUGGACGGACAGGUUGAAGGCUAAACGAGUCCAGAAACGCAAGACCGACCAGCCUGAUCAUCAUCCUGGCAGCGAUGAUGAUGACCAUCCUCGUCCCGCAAAGCGGAUGCGACCUGACAUCCCCCCGCCUGCUACCAAAGCUCCUGCAAUGGACCGUCCGGCACUCCCAGCUAGGCCUCCGACUCAGAUAAUCUCGUCUCUAUUCUCGUAUAACCCUCAAGUUGAGGCCCCCAUACCCUCCGCUGUCCAAAAAGCGCCCUCCAAACCGAGCAAUGCACCACUGACCGGCUCAGCCACAUUCGCGGACCUGGGUCUUCAUCCUCUCCUCGUCGCUCACCUACAAUCCAAGAUGAGUAUCACGAAACCGACAUCCAUCCAACGUGCUGCCCUUCCUAUAUUCACGAAACCUUCUUCCGAGGACACGAGUGCACGCGAUGUUUUUAUACAAUCGCAAACUGGCUCCGGAAAGACCAUGGCAUUCCUCCUACCCAUAAUCCAGGAUCUUCUCCCUCUAAGUACACACUCUUACAUCGACCGCUCGAUAGGGACGCUCGCAAUUAUCAUCGCACCCACUCGUGAACUUGCAAAACAAAUUUCCGACGUCUUGGAGGCGUUAUUGACACUUAGGCUACGCCCAGACGGCGAACAGGAGAAUACGGAGAGUUCUACACGUUAUACCCGGUGGUUAGUCUCUGGUUUGCUAAGUGGAGGCGCAACCCGUGCGCACGAGAAGGCGCGUCUACGGAAAGGUGUGCCCAUCCUUGUCUCCACUCCAGGUCGCCUACUAGACCACCUGCAAAACACGUCUUCGUUCAACGUUGGAAAGUGCCGAUGGUUAGUUCUCGAUGAAGCGGACCGCUUGAUGGAGCUCGGGUUUGAAGAUACCAUCAAAGGGAUCGUGCAGGGUCUGGAUGGGAGGAGGAAGCUUGCGUUCCAAGCUGUUCAGGACGGUAAGACAUUUGAGGUUGGGGGUUGGGACUGGGACCGGGAGAGACGGACAAUACUCUGUUCGGCUACCAUCCGUGAAGACGUGCAGAAAUUGGCAGGCACCACUCUAAGACGACCGUUGAUAAUCAAGGGCCUCGACAAAGAGAACGCGGAGGAUUCGCCUGCAUCAAAAAACGACAACGAGCCAGCUACCACCAGCACCGAGAAAUUCACUCCCCCAUCACAACUCUCUCAAAAAUACAUCAUCGUUCCCCUCAAGAUGCGUCUUGUCGCACUGGUCGCACUUCUCCGUUCAUUGCUCGCUCAGACACAAGGUCAAAAAGGUUCGAAAAUCAUCGUAUUCCUCAGCUGCACAGACUCCGUCGACUUUCACUGGCGCUUGCUAGGCGAUUCGUCGAUGGACGGUGAGAAGGCUGGACAUGCAGAGUCCGACGAAGACGGGGCAGAUAGCAAUGCGGAUGAAUCUGUUGAGGAGGAGAAAGUGGAGGAAGAAAAUAAAAUUGCUGCACGGUCUCCGCUCCUUCCAGGUGCCUCAAUCUUCCGACUUCACGGUUCCCUUCCCACACCAAUCCGUCUCGCCUCUCUACGCGGAUUCUCAGCCAUUCCUUCCUCAAAGUCCAAAAAACCUGCGCCCGCGUCGUCCAUUCUCCUCUGCACGUCUGUGGCAUCCCGUGGUCUCGACCUACCCCUCGUCCGCGCAGUCAUACAAUACGACCUGCCAACUGAAGGCGGUGCGACCGAGUACGUGCACAGAGUGGGACGGACAGCACGUGCAGGAAAGGGCGGUGAAGCUUGGAGCAUCGUCGCACCCAGCGAAUCUGAAUGGGUUAAAUGGGUGGGAGGGAAGAUGAAGGGCGAUAUAACGGGAGAAAACUCCGACAGCGACAAAGUCAACAUCACUCUCGAAGGAACAAGCAUCGAAAACGUUUUGGCGAAGGGUUUUGGUGGAAAAGGCUCCGAGUACGAGGCGCGCGCGACAGAGGUGCAACUUUCUUUCGAGCGGUGGAUUUUGCGGCGCAAAGAGAACGCUGAACUUGCUCGGAGAGCAUUUACUUCGCAUAUGAGAGCAUAUGCGACCCAUCCCUCGAACGAGAAGCAUAUCUUCCACGUUCGGCAUCUUCACAUCGGUCACCUGGCAAAAGCAUUUGCGCUGCGUGAAGCGCCGAAGACGAUUACUGACGGAAAAAAUAAAAUAUCUAGUGCAUCCAAAGGUCGUGGCUCGCGUCCUACUAAACCUACGAAGCAUGAUGUCGGCGACGCAGAGCAGCGGAUGCAAGAUGUCGUCCGUGCGCAAGGGCGGCUAUCGAGGAAGGGCGGCAAGAUGAUUAGCAGUGGGACCGAUGAAUUUCAGAUUCCAUCAGGCGCUGCCUUGAAUUCGCUCGUUCAUGGCUAUUGA